AUGAGAGGACUUGUUGUCUUGGUAACUUUGGCCUGCGUUGCCAGCGCCCAGCACCAAGCACUGAUUGACUACUUGGAGCGAAGGCUGCUCACUAUUGAGGACCGGAUCUCUCUGUGGCAUGAACAGACCGCCCGCUACGCCUCCGAGCUGCGGGCUCUGAAGCAACAGAUGGUUUCCCAGCUGGAGUCCCUCGAUAAAGAGAAAGAGACAUUGAGAAUGAAUCUGGACGGUGUGGGGACGAGGGUGGAUCGGGUUGAGCGUGAGCUGGACUACCUGGAGACUCAGAACGGAGCUCAGCCGUGUGUGGACGUGGACGACAAGCUGAUAGAGCAGCAGGUGAUGCUGGUGAAGGAGAAGCAGAAGGCCAAGUAUUCAAAACUAUCAGACUGCAGCGACAUGAUCUCCAGCAUAAAAGCCAUGAAGAUAUUAAAGCGAGUCGGAGGGCCAAAGGGCAUGUGGGCCAAAGACGCCGGCAGAGGCUCUGGGAAGGUCUACAUUUUUAACGGGACAGAUGAAGACACCAUCCAUGAGUUUGCCUCUGUGCAAGACUUCUCCCGCUCCGUUGGCAUUACCCUGUCCAAGGCCUUGAAGCUGCCGUCUGCCUGGAGCGGAACAGGACACGUUGUCUUCAACAAUUAUGCAUAUUAUAUAACUCUGGCUGAAGAGAUAAUGAUGGUUAAAUUUGACAUGAAGAACAGCUCUGUGACAGACAGAGCAGUGUUCCCAGUGCAGGACCACGUCCCAGUGUACGGCCUGAGCCCAGAGACAGUGAUGGACCUGGCUGUGGAUGAGGAAGGCCUGUGGGCCAUCUAUGCCACGCGGCAGAACGAGAGGUACAUCUCUCUGGCAAAAAUGGACGCCACCUCGCUGGACAUCGAGCAAAUGUGGGACACAAACUGUCCGAGAGAGAAUGCGGAGGCGUCUUUUGUCAUCUGUGGCACUUUGUAUGUCGUGUACAACACCAAGCAGCCCGGUCGCUCACGUGUCCAGUGCGUGUUUGACGCCAACGGGAUGGUGACCAACGAAGAUGCACCACUGAUUUACUUCCCAAAGCGUUACGGAGCACACUCCAGUCUGAAGUACAACCCGCAGGAGCAGCUUCUCUAUGCCUGGGAUGAUGGCUACCAGAUCCUCUACAAGCUUAACAUGAAAAAGAAACUCGAGAUUUAAACUAAAUGCACAAACCCAACCCAACCCCGUUAAAGUACCAUACCAGUGUUUUUUUAUUCUAGUUUUGGCUCCUUAACCACAAAACUGAUGAACAUUUUAAAUGCAUGCUGUCGGAUUUAAGAUUUCUUUAUGUGCUCCUGGUAAAAAAAAUCAAUCUUUAAAUUGACUGUAACUGUGUUCUUUUUAAAAAUUGUAGUUAUUGUGAUAUGACAGUUAAAGUCCAGACGGAUUUUUUUUCUUUUUAUAUGUGCACUUUGACGAUAGUUUCACGAGUCUGCAACUUGAUUUUCAUACCAUACGGAAAUAAAUGGCACAGGCUAAAAACACAGGCUAAAAAAUUCCAUAGUGUUAAAAGGUCCAAACACUUGUUAUGCAACAUGGUCAGAAUUGAAAGUAUUCAUGAUUUGUAGUGAAUCAGCUAAACAUGCAAUAUCACUGGUAUGGGCUCACAUUCUGAAUCUCCAAAAGCCUAAAAAGGUUUUAAAGUGCUGGAUUGUUGAACUAUAUCUGUCACAGUUUCAGCUCCACACCCUCCUCACUCCCCGUCGUCAGUCUAACUCUCUUCACCUGUUCACACACCUGUUGUCACAGUUCAGCUCCUCACUCUAUGGUUCAGUCACUCCCACCUCGUCAGUCUGACUUCCUUCACCUGUUCACACACCUGUCUUUGAUCACUAAUCAAAUCCCUAUAUAGUCUCCUGCCACACACACCCACACUUCUUCCUUUUCUAUGCCAGACUCUCCAGCACUUGUUUCUAGAGGGAUUUCCUGUCGCCGACCCUGCCUGUCCCUGGUUAACCCGCUAGUCCGACUCCCCGAGAACCUACCAGCCCUUCGUCCUGUUGAGUCUGCCUGCCGUUUCCAGAGUGUGGAAUAUAAGUUCGAAGGAUCCCUGGAGUCGAGGGUGCAUUUGGGUCUACACACGAGUCGUUACAAUAUCUGUAUACUUUCACACUUUCAGAUGUGAAUGUUUGACAUAUUUCUUCUUGUUGAAAGCAAUCAUGUGAUUUCAAUUUGUCAUCGCGGCCAAACACUUAUUUCUAAACAGAAUGCACUGCACUUAAGUUUUAUCAGUCAUAUUUGUGUCUGCUGGCGUGUCAACUUGCCUGUGAUCUUUUGUGUUGAAUCACUCCAUCUUGUUUCUUUUUGUUCAUGCUGCAAAUAUUCUACUUUUUCAUUUUUACAAUUUACCAGACUGCUCACUAUAAUAUAACUGUUACAAUCUAUCCUUUUCUAUUUUACAUGACAUUUUGCUAUAUGAAUACAUUUAAAAAAAUACAUCUUGGUUGAUUUGCUGGAUGCAUUAAAAUAGAUAUACUAUGUCUACAAAUUAUUGAUAUUUUAAUAUUAAACAAAAGGCAACCCUGAGAUCAAAAGAUACCAAUACAAAUACAAAUGUUUAGUUAAAUGCCUCAGAUUUAAUUUUGGAGCAUUAUUUAUUCAUCAGUCUUUAAACAUUUCUGGUCAUAAUCAAAGUAAGUACUAUAGUGUUGUCAGGUAUAAUGCUACCACAACAAUGUUGUCACUUUGACAGGCAACCUCACAACUUCAAUAAACAUAACUUUGAUAUGAGGAUACAUUGCAAGAAACUGUUAAAUGUUUCAGUUUAUGGAUGAACUUCUCUCAGAAGCCGAGCGCAUACGUAUAUUGUGGCUUUAACUUUUUUUUACCAAUUGAUUAUUUAAAAUAAUGCAAUCAAUCUCUAUCUAAAUAUAACUUUGAUUUCCUAAUGUUUAAUAAUAUGCAAAUAUUCCCAUUUUCAUCUAUCCUUUCUGCCUCUAAUUAUUGUUCACUUUGAAAGAAAAGGCAGACGUCACCUGUUAAUGCAAGAGGUCUGUCCUCUCCUAAACAGAAAAGAAGACGCAAACAUACUUAAGCCGCUAUUUGUAAGAUUUAAUCAUUUUAGACGUUGGCGCUCCCAGUGGUAGCAUCGCCGUGGUCCAAAGCUAUGCAUUACUUUCUGUGCUUAAUUUCUGUUCCUGUACAUCUGUUCUUGAUUUCAACUUAGUUUCCUGAAGCUGAACUCCUUGGACUGACAUGCCAUCUAAAUAUGACUAAUAAAAACGUAUUUAGUUGGAAGUCCGUUAGUUAAAUUUCAUUGGAGCACCCAAUUAGUGGUUUGGAGUUUUGUGCAACUUUUUCCAGGGCAAUUCACUUUAAAUUCAAUUUAAAACUAGAUUAAUGUUUUUUGUUUGCCAAGAAUGAUAAACAUUACACUUAAAAUACUGAGGGCCAAAUUCACAAAAGGACUUUGCGGCUUUAGCGGCUACUAAUGCACACAAAAAAAGACAAAAAUAAAUUGUAAAUCUCAAAGUACUUGUGAUGGGUGAAAUGCAGCUCAACUGCACUACCAGAGAUAUGACUUCUUGUUGCUCAUGUGCUGCUUGUACAUAUUGAAAUGAGAUCAAAUACAUGCAUUUGGUUGCCUGAAAUUAGUUAUUGUCAACAAACUUUACUCAAGCGCUAAGGCCUUACGGUCUGGACCCAGGCAACACAUUUGGCUCAGAAAUGAGCCUUUGCGCCUCAGUCCACUUCACAAAGAUCAGCGACUAAUCGGCACACGGAGUUCAUGAAAUUAGUGUUCAGAGAUUUGUUUGUAACUGUGCAUUGUGUCACGGACAUACUUUCCAGCAGAUUGUAACCAGGCGAAGGCGUCAUUAUACUCAAACUCACGUAUUUAUGGCUCCAGUGAGUGGUGUCAUGAACAAUUUAUGAUUAAAGUUAGUCAGGUGAUUUUUGAAUACAUAAAUUAAGCAAAAGAAAACCACCCUAAACUGUCAUGUGUUUCUUUGCAUAAUUUGAGAAUAUAUCAUUAUUGGAUUGUC